CGUAAGCGCCGAAACGGUAUGGAGGAGGCAAGAAGAUCCGGAAACUACGGAAGGAGCAUUUGGGAUCACGAUUACGUUCAGUCCCUCACCACUCCAUACACGGUAAGGAAAAAAAAACUUAUCUCUUGCUUGAUCAUAUAAAUAUAUGUCACUAGCUUCGUUAAUUAUGGGAAAAUUUCAUCAAACACGUUUCACGAUUGGAUGAGAGCAUCCGUAAGACGCAAAUUUAAUAUCUGACGAUUGUUUGUUGGAAAUGCAGGACAAGAAAUACGUUGAGCAAGCUGAGAAGCUGAAAAGGCAGGUGCAGAUAAUCAUCGACGAAACCGAAAACCAUACGCUAGAGCAACUUGAACUUAUCGAUAAUCUGCAGAGGUUCCAUAUAUCCCACCACUUCGAGGAUUCAAUCAAAAAGAUCUUGGGCGACAUUUACCGUGACGAAUUUGACGACGGCAAACACGUGCAACACUUGCAUGUUACAUCUCUCAAAUUUAGACUUCUCAGACAAAAUGGAUUUCUUGUCCCUCAAGAGGUUUUCGGUAGUUUCUUGGACAAGGAAGGAAAUUUUAAGGAGUGUUUUGCUGGUGAUGUGAAGGGAGUUUUGUCUCUGUAUGAAGCUUCGUUUUUAUCCGUCGAAGGUGAGAGAAUAUUGGAUUCUGCCAAAAAAUUCUCGACUCGUCAUCUAACUGAAAAGGUGAAGCAAAUCGAAGACGCGAUUCUAGCUGAGAAAGUGAGGCAUGCAUUGGAGCUUCCACUGCACUGGAGAGUGCAUAAACUCGAAGCAAGAUGGUUUAUGAACAUCUACAAUGGUGACCCUAUUCUUCUCCAAUUGGCCGCACUGGACUUCAACAUGGUUCAAGCCAUUUAUCAGGACGAACUUAAACAGCUAUCGAGGUGGCAUAAAGAAACCGGUCUUGCAGACAAGUUGGGGUUUGCCAGGGACCGAUUGCCAGAGUGUUACUUAUGGGCUGUCGGAUAUACACCCGAGGUUCGAUUUGGGUAUCCCAGGGAGUUUAUGACCAAGAUUGCUGUAAUGAUUACAAUUAUAGACGACAUAUACGAUGUGUACGGUACGAUGGAUGAACUCGAGCUUUUCACCGAUACGGUCGAGAGGUGGGAUAUUAACGCAUUGGAACGCUUACCCGGAUACAUGCGAAUCAGCUUCCUAGCUCUGUUUAACUGCGCUAAUGAAUUGGCUUACAAAGUUCUCAGGGACCAAGGUCUCAUCAUCAUCUCAAAACUGAGAAAAGGGGGAGAAAAAGAUCAUGAAACUGAAGCAGGAACAUCUCACCCUUUGGAUGCUUUCUUCUUCUGA